AGUUAAGAAUCAAUUUCAGUGAUGACACUAUCUACGUUGCAGCAUUUUCGCUUUGGACGCGCAUCAUAUCUAAUUUAUAACCGCUGCUUUUGAUUGGUGUCCAAAUAAAUCAGCUGUUUUUGUUUUAUUUUUUACUGAUUUUUAAAACGCUUAUUUAUGUGCAACAUGAGAGGGAUAGACAUUUGCAGAAAUUUAAUAAGAAGAAAUCAAAUAUUGAGUCAGCAGAUAACGAAAAUGAAGCGUAAUUGUUCGAAAAUAUCAAGCGAAUCGUUAGAAGAUGAUGAAAAGACGACACAUUUUGGUUUUCAAACAAUUAAGGAAGCUGAGAAAGCAAAAGAAGUGCAUACUGUAUUUCAAAAUGUAGCCAAUUCUUAUGAUAUAAUGAACGAUAUGAUGAGUAUGGGUAUCCAUCGCAUUUGGAAAGAUAUCUUUGUACAGGAAUUAGGACCAACUCAUGGUACUCAUCUCUUGGAUUCUGCUGGUGGCACAGGUGAUAUUACAUUUCGGUAUAUCAAUUUUCUGAAAAAUACACCAAAUCCACAUAAUAUACCCAGUCAUGUAACUGUAUGUGAUAUAAACCAAAAUAUGCUAAAUGUGGGACAAAAACGAGCAAAUGAGCUAGGUUUAUCACAAGACAGUAAUUGCAGUAUUACAUGGAAACAAGAAGAUGCAGAAAAUCUUUCUUUUCCUGAGGAUUCUUUUACUGCUUAUACUAUAGCAUUUGGUAUAAGGAAUGUAACAUAUAUUGAUAAGGUAUUAUCCGAGGCAUAUAGAGUGUUACAACCAGGUGGAAGAUUCUUGUGUUUGGAAUUUAGUCAUGUUAAUAAUGAAGCUUUACAAUGGUUGUAUGAUCAGUAUUCUUUUCAAAUAAUACCUGUAAUGGGGCAUCUAUUCGCGGGACAAUGGAAAGCUUAUCAGUAUCUUGUAGAAAGCAUAAGAAAGUUCCCAAAACAAGAGGAUUUAAAAGAUUUGAUCGAAGAAGCAGGAUUUAGAAAUGUAACAUAUACGAAUCUGACCUGUGGUAUAGUAGCUAUUCAUUCAGGAUUUAAAUUAUGAAUAAAAUCCUUACAUAUAUGUUUGUAUAUAAUUAAAUUAAGACAUAUUUCAUGUAAAUAAAAUUGAUAAUGAAAUAUAUAGUUCUGCAAUUAUUACUCUA